AUGAAUUCUUCCUCAUGGGAGAUACAAGAGGAUCGUUUCGAUGAUGUUGACUCGGAAACUGACGAAAAAUUAUCUCUCUAUGAAGAUGAUCUCUAUAUUGAUGACCACGCAAUGGUGGAGCGUAAAAAAUUGGAUGAAACAACAGCAAUUACUAACCAUUUGCCAUCGAGACUGUCUACUAUAGCCGAAGAAUCAAAUAAUAUAACGGAAGGAAACGAAAUUGGUGCACAAAAAGAUACAUAUGUUGAUUCGAUUUUUGGACGUGGUUUAAAAGGGGAACUAAGUGGUGAAAACGUGAGUAUAAGAGAUGAAAGUCCACUGUUUAAAGGUGGAGGAGAAGGCAUUGAGAAGCUACAGCGUGAUCAGGAAUCAUUUUAUAAGCAUAAGCAAUUAGCACAAGAUGACUUCCGUUUCAAUGAACCAAGUCUGGAGAAACAGAAUAGUUGGGAGCCAUCAAUUCAUCAUUCUCCCCCACCAACACCAAAAAUCUGCGUCGAUGAGCUUUUUGCUUUUAACAUGACGGAUUCUCAUUUAAUACCUGUAACAUUAUCUACUCGAAAAGAAACCAACCAGGAUUUUGAAAAUACACCACCGCGUAAUUUCUCAAAUGUGCGGCACCGAAGGAGAAGGAAUGAACCAAAGCACGAACCCAAAAUGUCUACUCCUAAAUCAACAGAUUCUUCGCUUCAAAAUUUGAGUAUAAAUUGCAUUUCAUCAAUUUAUCCGGAAACAGUUUCACCCAAAUCUAUUCGUGGAAUGAAUUUAAAGUACAAUGGUCACUUCAUGAUGCCCCACAAAAUGUCCAGGGUUGUGGAAGAACCAUCUUUAAGUAGUUCUGCCAUCGACAGAGUUCUUGAGACGGAAAAUUUUGACAAUGACGACGCACUGGUUGAAGCAUUGCUACAAGCUAAAACACGACCUCGUCUGAAGCUGAAGUUUCCUGAAAUAAUUGGAAGAGAGUGGGUCGGAACAAAUGGUCUGCUUAUAUGUUUGAUGUUGGGUUUCCUAGACAAAGUGGAACAUUGUUUAACAAGGCGUGGAGAGCCAGCUGAUGCACCGGACAAUGUGGAUAAGACUUCUAAUUCUAACCAUCAUAAUCAAAUGCAAAAAGUGGUUACCAAACAUGACCGUUCAGGCAUAACCAAUAAAACAAAAAAGCUGAAAACUGUACAAGAGCUAAAUUCAUUACGGGAGAACAGUAAUAAUUCAGAAGAUUUGCCACCGACCUUAAAAACAGAGUGGAAAAGUAGAAGUCUGAAAGCACACAGUGAUUGUUCGCUUGCGGAAAGUCAAGGCAAAUUUUUGUCAUGUGAUCUGCCUUUUAUAUAUUUUGGAUUUGUCGACGUCAAAUGUCGUGUAAAUAGAGCAAUUAGAUUACGAAAUAUCAGCUCAAAGUCGCUAAAUCUCAAGCUAGAGUUGCGUAGCAUGAGUAGUGGAUAUGAACUAGUGGAGCAGGGCAUUCUUGUGUUGAAGCCUCAAGAAAUCCAUUUGGUUCAUGUCAUAUUUCAACCUCUCUAUGGAGCUUGUUUUCAAAAUAGUCUGACUAUCACAGUUCUUAACGCAGAGCACAUCAAUUAUUCCAUUCCUUUGGUCGGAAGUGGUGGAGUUGCUGGUUUACGCAUCCUGACGCAGUCUGGACUAACGAUGCUGCGUGAUGGCUCAUUUGUUCUGACAGCUCAGGGAGUUACAAAUAUCAGUUUCAAUGUUGAAAAUAAGGGUUCGAGAGAUGCGUUUGUGCGUAUCGUUGUAAUGAAUAAUGAGACAAAAAAAGCUAUCGGUCAAUGCACUGUUACACCAUCUAACUGCGUUUCUAUCUUGCAUCGUAGCAAACAAAAGUUUACUAUUGAAUUUCCUUCCUUAUAUGGCGAAGAAAACAAUGGUAAUUCAAAUCGUUCGUUUCCUUUCCCUUCGUUUUCAAUGCCAUCAGUAACAGGGAAUACUCAAUACUAUGUCCAGCUUCUGUGGGGUGAAGAAGCACAAAGACGCCGACUUAAAAGAUAUGAAGAUAUGAAAUGUGCAAAUUUCACUUUUAAUGGACAUACUUUUACAAAAUGCAAAUUCAUAAACGAAGAAAAAUGUAAAUUCACCGCUUCCGAUGAUAUUUGUUAUGGUUUCUAUGAUCGUGAUGCAUUCGAAUUGGGAUUGAGAGUAACUUUAAUAUCGGUCGUGGAUAAUCGGUUUUCGUUAUUAUCCCGGAAUAGCUAUUUUCCGCAAAAUGACACGCUUAUUGAAAGUGUUAUUCUUGAACCAAAUGCAACCCUAUCACCACCAGUAGGUAGCAAUAGAAGUAUUGUUGAGGAUGUAUCUACCACUUUUAGUGCUAGCCGUAUUUUAUAA